AUGUCGGUUUCAAGCGAUCGAUUGCUAACUCUAUUAGACUUGGUGAACAUAUGCGAUAACGUCCACAUCCGUCGACCAUCGCCUACGCCACAUGAAUUCGAUGCAGAACUACUCAUCCCCCUAUGUCUAUCAGCGACCCCUAGUAGCCCAGCCAUUGGCCUCCUGCGCCCUAUCCUCAUCGAUCAAUUACUAAAGGAAAACCGAACCUCAGCUCAGCUAAACAAGCCUCCUCUCUGGGAUAUACGGAUCGAUACCAAAGAUCUGUCGAAGCCUUUCGUUCAUCGCACAGACGGCGGUACUGGCGCCUUAACUCCAAGUGUAAGCUUCCAGCCAUGGUUAGACACACAUGCGAAGCGGACGGCUGCGAUCAAAGAACUCUGCGAACGGUGGCGCGACACUGGAGUCUUUCCGGAAGUCUGUGGUCCAAAGAAAUGGCGAUCCGAGCUGUACCCUGUCUACAAGGAUCCAUUUGGCCCCCACGACCACCCAUCUCGCAUUCCGUCCGACCAAGAGGUCGAAAAGUCCAAUUUCGCAUUUGAGAUGGAGAGAGCGGCGUGCGCAUUGUUCGGAGUUGUCACCUACGGCGUGCACUUGAGCAUCUACGAUGUUGUUAACGAGAAAGGCAAAGCAGAGACCCUCCGUCUUUGGGUUCCGACAAGGGCCAAGACCAAGCAAACUUGGCCAGGAUUUCUCGAUAACACCGUGGCAGGGGGGAUCCCCAGCGGAAUGGGCGUCUUUGAGUCUCUUGUCAAGGAGUCGAUGGAAGAAGCAAGCCUUGAAGAAGACCUUGUCCGGCAGCAUGCUCGCGCUGUCGGAUCUAUCAGUUACUUCUUCAGGACAGAUAAAGGCUGGCUACAACCGGAAAUAGAGUAUCUGUAUGACAUUCGCAUUCCGGACGGUGUAGACCAUGCACCCUUCGUCCCAAAGCCUCUUGAUGGGGAAGUAGAAUGCUUCGAAUUCCUGGACCAAGAAGAGGUCAUGAAGAGAUUAAAGGCAGGCUUGUUCAAGGCUAACUGCGGCGUGGCAAUCAUCGACCUGCUGAUUCGUCUAGGGUAUGUCACUCCUGACAACGAGACGGAUUUCAUGAAAAUCCAUACUCGUCUGCAUGGCAGGUUUGAUUACGAACGAUGGUAA